CCCCUCCCCCCCCCCAGUCCGCCAUGGCCGAUGUAGAAGACGGGGACGACCCGGGCGCCCCCCACUCGCACCCCGGCUCGGCGGGUUCUAAAGCGGGAGGCCCGGAUAAGAUGUUUUCGUUGAAGAAGUGGAACGCGGUGGCCAUGUGGAGCUGGGACGUGGAGUGCGACACGUGCGCCAUUUGCCGGGUGCAGGUCAUGGAUGCCUGUCUUAGAUGUCAAGCUGAAAACAAACAAGAAGAUUGUGUUGUGGUCUGGGGAGAAUGCAAUCAUUCCUUCCACAACUGCUGCAUGUCCUUGUGGGUGAAACAGAAUAAUCGCUGUCCCCUCUGCCAGCAGGACUGGGUAGUCCAAAGAAUAGGCAAAUAAAAACACUGGAAGUCUUU